GUCGCAAAAUCAUAACAAGUCACUCAACAUGGCGAAUCCUCGGAAAUUUAGCGAGAAAAUUGCCCUUCAUAACCAGAAACAAGCCGAAGAAACAGCUGCAUUUGAAGCCAUUUUAAGAGAUGUUAGCGCCGCUACACGAAGCCAUCCCAAACAAGGCAACCAACAGCUCCACAUACAACAGAACAUCAUGCAACAAUACAGAGGUGGAUCACUACCAAAUGUCAAUCAAAUGGUCAAUGCAAAUGCUGGCAUUGAUUUACAGACAUUGCAGCAGAUGGAGGGUAUGAGAGGAGGGAACCAGCGUGUCGACCGAAUGCACCCCCGAGACCGUGGCAGGCAGGUCGGCCCUCUUCGGUCCCGCCCCUUCAACAUGGAAAAGAACAGGGCCGACUGUUCACCAUAUGGCACAGGAGCGUAUCUUUCACCACCACCAGACACAAGCUGGCGAAGGCCCAUGCCGUUUUCCCGGUUACAUGUAUAUCGACAACUAAAUGGUGUGAACCAUUUAGCGCGGACAAACUCUGACUCGGCGAUCCAUGCCAGUUCCUCCAUGGGGGCUGGAGGUGACAUCCCCAGUCCAAACACUCCUCCGAUGCACAGGAGAAUUCAAGAGGUUGUGGGUGAAAAUUCCGGCUUAUCAGCCGGCUACCCCUGGGACCCCAAAAAGUUACAGCAAAGGCCGAAGUCAUGUGAAGUGCCAAAUAUCAAUAUAUACCCAUCGGCUGAGCAGGAAUCUCAGAUGCACAUCCCUAUUGGCAACAACACCGGUUCCCUACCAGACCUCACCAUUUUGCAGUUCCCCUCCCCUCUCACAACCCCCUUGGACCUUGAGGAACAGGUAGGCGGGGCUUAUCAACAGUUCUACUCUCCCCUCACUACAGCUCUAGACCUCGAGAUUCAGACUGCUAACUACGCAAACAGUCCAGCGAACCUGUCACCUACCAGUGCUCACCACAUGGCCAUGGGGCCACCGUCACAUAACGGAUCUUCUUCUGCGUCUCCCGGAUCUCAGCGACGCAGGAUGAAUGCCAGUGGACCCAGCCCUCUUGUGCUCACUUCCAACGGGAACCAGUCAAUGAGAGUCCCUCUCUCUCCCCCGCGUGUGAAACCGAUUCCAAAAAGAUAUGUGGCGUCCCACGAUCCCAGCACCGUGCACACAGACCCGCGCAUUCAGCAGCAGUACAUGUUGUAUAUGCGACAGCAACAGCAGCGGGCAGGCAGCCAUAGUAACCAUGGUAACCAGGUAUCACCCACGCAAUCACCUCUCAACUCGAGCUACCCUGGGCUUGACGAGAGCCCACGGGUGCCCCCGCCCCACAUGGGGCCUGUUCCCCAAGUCUGUGUAACGUCCCAUGAGGCAGAUCCCCCUGAGGGUUCGUUGAGCCAGUAUAGGAACAACAUAUCUGAGGGUAACUGCCAGUCCCCGACAUCGCCCCACUCCCAGACCUCGUACUCCCCCUCUCAGUCCCCCGGGAUGCCACCCCAGCCCUGGGGAUCCUCCAUGUUUGACGACACAUACCAUCUUCAGCAACAACAGACCACUGCUCUACAACAACAGUUUGAACACUUUAACAUGCAUCAGCCGAUCAGUUCUAGUAACAAUGUGCCGGUGUCAUUAGGGGGUGGGGGAUGUGUGGCUGUCUCCUCCAUGUCGUCCAUGCCCUACUCUCAGGCUGUGAACAAUGGGUCGAUCAUGAGCCCGAGCCAAGAGUUCACACAGAGACAAAACAUGCAACAGUUCUACAUGGAUGGGCUCAUUCAGGGCCACUUAAACAACAGCUCAACAGCCAACAGUAAAAUACCAGACAUCAUACUGUCAGGAAUGAGUGAUGGUUCAUUUGAUGCAGACUUUUUUGGAAGUGUGUCAGAUGAGGCUCUCAAAGACGGACUUGUUCCUUUGGACUUGGACGGACUGCAAAUGUUGACCGACCCGAACAUGAUUGCAGAUGCAGACACUGAAAACUCCUUCAAAUUAGACCAGUUAUGAGAUGUGUGUUUCUUGUGAGGCAUAAAACAGAUUCUCCAAUGGCAUCAGUGUCUGAAUUUGGCAGCCAUAUUGGAUUUUGGCGGCCAUAUUGGAUUCAGGAUGUAUUGCUUGGUGUGGGAAUAGAGUAAGCUCCCCUGACAGGACCUGGCCUUCCCAGUAUCUCUCAGAAAUAACAUUGUUUAUUGUGUUUUGUACUAUUUGGGCUGCUGCUUUAAUUAAACAUUGUAGACCAUUUUCAUAUUGUGGAAUAAUGUGGGUUGUUGUACCUGUGGAAUGAAUCAACUGAAUAUAAGUGUUAGAGUAUUAAGACCAAAGGUAAUUUAUCUACGUAAAUUGAUCUACGUAAUAUUUUUUAAAAAAAAGGUUACAGAAAGUCAUAAAUUGGAGCAUUUAUUAGAAUCUGAUAUCAGCUGAUAAACACUAAAUGCUUGAAGAAUACACAAAACUGGGUUUUCUGAAGAGAUGAGAGUGUAAAACAGAGUUUCAAGCUCUUUUCCAUCUUGCGUAACAAUGUUAGACUGGCAGUUUGUCUGUUCAGAUGGGAAACUAAAUGGCAAGGAAAUUAUGAAAUAAAAUGACACAUUUUCAUGUUUUUUCAUGGAAUGGUCUGGCAUAUGUGUAGAUACCGAUGUUCCAUGUCUCGGUUGGCAUAAAAUUGACAUCAUGUUUCACUAAAUGUUUCUUUUUGAUACUUAGUGCUAAAUGAACCGUUAGGCAAUGUUAUAAUUACAUUUGUUAUAGUGCUAAAAAGGUUUUAUAGCAGUUAUUCACAUAUUUUCAUAUCCUGUGUCAAACUUGAUGUUAAUGUUUGGUUUAAGUGGUUAAUUUUAUCAGAACAGUUUUAAUAUGUAAGUAUUGUUUAUGGACUAUGCCAUAAGGACGUUCUGUACCUAAAUGCAUUUUGCCGUUAUUUGUGAGAAUGUGAAAUGGUUUAGAUUGUUUUCAAUUUUUAACAUAGUCAUAAUAAAAUCAAAGUUCAUAUUUCAUGAAUGCGUGAACGUUCCAGUUUGCAAUACAUAUUUUGUUUUAGAAAUUUCAGAAACACUUUUAUUGGAGUAAGAAAUUGAAAAUUGAUAAGAGUAAAUUUCCGAAAUAAAUACUUUCAAAGAUAGCCAAUAAGAACUUUUUACAACUUCAAAAAUUGUUUUAAAAAUAAGUUGUUAUAUAACCAAUAUGUGAUUUUAUUUUCACAUUUAAUAUUUAGAUAUAAUUAGUCUAUUUAUAGAAGAAAAAAAUGUUUUUCAUAGGCUUGGUCGUAACUGGCGUUGAUUUGUGGUGUUUAUAAAAUCUCAGCCAUAACUCAAAAAAAGGUGAAAAUUAUUUAAUGAAAACUGUUACACAUGUUGCAAGAGAUAUUACACAAUGUUCAGCAAAGCAGAUAACUCUGGCUUUAAUAAGUAUUGAAUUAUGCCCCUUGUUAGACUGAAAAACUUCACCUGAAAGCGAAUCCCCCUAUUACCCGAUAAUGAAAUACUGAAAGCGAAUCCCUCUAUUACACGAUAACAAAAUACUGAUAGCGAAUUACCCUACCACAUAACUCUGGCUUUAAUAAGUAUUAAGUUAUUCCCCUUGUUUUGAGUUUAUUAAGAAAAGAACAGAUGAGAAUAGGGGUUUGCUUGGCAGCGCAUUUGUUAUUGGUAUAUGUGGAGACAAAAUGCCUUGUGAAUGAAAGCUGGUUUUUUCAUGCCAUCAGCAUUGUCAUAUACAUGCAGUUACUCUAGUUUAGAUAAUUUUUCAUUCAUCAUUCUUGUUAUUUCUAUUCUUGUACUGUUUUUUGCUAAUUAUGAAUAUUGUGAUUUUUGUUUUGUUUCUGGGAUCUGUAAAGAAUGUAUAGCUCUGCUGAAAUAACUUAAGAUAAAGUACUUAGUCUAAAAGAAUUCCUGUUUAUAUCUAAAUUCUUAAGCAUUCAUGAACUUUGACCUUUACGAAAUUUACAAUACUGCUGUUUAAUUUCUCUUCAUCAAAGUAUAAUCCUAUUUUUUUGUUUUAAGUUCUAUAUUGUUGUUAAUUUUCAAAAGAAAAAAAAAAAUAUCAGGAUUUUAUUGAAAGAAAAUUGAAUACUUUUUAUAGAAAAUCAAGGUUCUAAAAGCAAAGCUGUACAGUUUUGAAUUUUUCUGCUCAACAGGAGAAGAAAUCCUGCAGUGUGGAAUGUUCAAUGUGGUUAUAUUGUUUACUAAACAAACUACACAUUCACUUUCAUUUUAUUUGUCACGCUGAUUGUAAGUUUGUUCAUAAUACUAAGUCACUUCAUGUGAAACUCUUUUACUUAUACAUUUACAGGCAGUUUUCGUAAAAUGAAGGCUUUUAUGGGCAAAUUAAAAAAAAUAAUAAUAUCAUGGAACUAUGAAUCUUUUAUCUGUAAAACAUUUCUUUCUAUUUUGGUCUAAAAUCUAGUUAACCAUUGAUAUGAAAGUGAUUUGGAUCAAAUCCGAGCUGUAACACAUGUAACAAAUGACUGUUCGCAAACACUGGCAUUGGUGUUUUCAUUGAAUCUCAUACAAACUUUAAGGUGGCAUUCAUUCAAAAAAUGUUUUGUAUAUUUCAAUCAUCAGUUUAUGGUAGCAGUGCUCAUUUUACUCAAAACAUUAACAACAUUCUUUUUGAUGAUUUAUUUUUGUGUCAUGAAAAAAUUGUUCUUCCAAAUUCAUUUCACAUUGCUUUCAUGGCAACAUUUUGGGGGUAUUCAUCACUUUUAGUGAUCAAUUAAGUUACACACUGCAUUCACACUAGGGCUGGGAUAGUUAACUACAAUAUGUAAUACUUUGUAAUUGGUUUAAAGGAGAAUAUCCUUUCUGUCAAAUAUAAUUAAAAAAUAGGUAUUUGUAGCUUUUCUGUAUUUUGAAGAAAAAAAGUUUAGGUUAUUGGCAUAGUCUUGAUGUUGUUGUGCAAAACAUUUAAUCUAAAUCUAUGCCAUAACUCAACAAAUGUUCAAGCAAUUCAACUGAAACUUGGUACACAUGUUGCCAGGGGCAACAUGCACAUGCACAGCAAGGCCAAUAACUCUAUCUUUAAUAAUUGUUGAGUGAGGCUGCUUUUUGGAGUGGAAAAAUGACAACAUACUUUAAACCAAUUACAAAGCAUCACAAUUCUUAAAUGUUUCAAUACAAGAAAGAAUGAACAUUUGCCAUAAUCUCAACACAGCUCUAAUGAAAUUGUAUGGAAGUCUGUUAUAUCUUGUCAUAAAUAUUUAUAGUAGUAAAUUUACCGUUAUAUCAAACUAAAUAUCUAAAAUCCACCAGUUUAAUACAUUUAGAUAUGAACUGCAGAAAAGCAGUAAUGUUUUUUUUUGCAUUAUUUGUUAGUAUAACAUAAUAUUACGUUAAUAAGAAAAGAGUAUUAACCUUGUAUGUUCAAUGGACCUUAAAUAUGUCACUACAUGGGCAUCCCCAUUUUAUAUUUAGACACUGGAAACUAUGAGGUCAUAUUACCCUAUAACAUUAAAUUAACAAUGAGUGGGUGUAUUCAAUAACCAACUUAGAUGAAACUUAAUAAGUUUAAGAGCAGAUCUGAGUGUUUUGAUUGGACUGUAAAAAUAACUGGCCAAUAGGCUGAAUAGAAUCACUCGGGCUUAUCUAAGGAAAAUGAUAUGAAUCACAUUGAAUACAGCCCCAGAUCUACUUCUACGGGUGACUGUUUAAUAACACAAAUAUACUUAAACGCUACUACUCAGCCCUACUUCACAUCUGAACGCUUUCUCACUCAUUUUUAUAUUAAUAACUAUGAGCUCUUUGAGCGUAUUGGUUUUAAAUUUUAUUGAUUAUUGUUGUUAUAUCUGCACGACAGCUUCUCACGAAUAGUUUCUAGUCAUAAAUGUAUCCGAGUGUUGUCUCCUAUAGGAGAUGGAUUGUUCUGAAUCAUUCCCGCUGUUCAACCCUGUGUGAUUUUGAUAGUUAAAAUACACAAUGGGCCGAUUGUUCAGAAUUUUGUUAAAGUUAACAACAUUGUUAACAUCACCGUUGUUAACUUUCUAAUCAAUAUUGCUCUGUAAGUUUCACAGAUACACUUAUGAUCUGCAGUAUUCUUAAGAAGAGUAUAGACAACCGUUUCAGCUGUACAUGUUUUAUUUAAAUAUAUGAACACAUCGUCAAAUAUUUCACCUUUAAAAGUUAACAACGAUGUUGUAAAUCCCGUUGUUAACUUUAACCAAGUUCUGAACAAUCGGGCCAAUGUUACAUAUUACUGACCACAAAUUAGAGUUUACCAAACUACACAAGUGGUACAUAACUGGUGCGUACACUGGGACCACCUUAACAAUUAACAUAUUGUACGAUCACUUUAUCGAGCUGAUAAAUCCCAACAGUAAUAUUAUUUCUUUCGAAGCAAAUUUUAUUGGUCACAUAAGACGUAGAUAGUUUGAUGGGAAAAAAGCACUUUCAAUUCUCAAAGUGAUUUUAAGGCAAUAUAUUUACCUUAAAUGCUUGAUUUUAUGAUAUCUGCUCGCAUUCGGAUCUUCGCGGCCAUUUAUAUCGAAAACAAUUGCAUGGUUUACAAUGUCAGAAAUCGGUACACUUGAACUAUGCUGCAAGUAGAUCGCGUAGUAAUUUCAAUUUAGCAGUUAAACUUAAUGCCUUAACUCUUGGGAAUCUUAAUUAUGUUUGCAAUAAUACACUUCAAUGACAAUCAAUUUAAACUUAGAUCUACAAAAUCAAGCUUAUACACUACAUGUGUACAUUCAAUUAAUAACAUAAUUCAAAAUUUUAUGAACUACUUCUGAUGAUGUAUCCCAUACAUUCGAUAAAAUGGCUGAGGAGUUCCAAAUGAUCUGCUCGUACACACAUUGAUAAGGUGGUCCCUACAUGUAUUAGGAUUUAAAAUAAUGUUCCAUUUUAUGAUUAAUGAUUUGUGAACAUACAUAUAUUGUAAAAAUGUAUUAAAAAUGAAGAAAUAUAUGCUAAAGCCAGAAAUAUUGUGUGUAUGUUAAGACAUUGAUUUGAAAAUUAAUGUUUGCUUAUUGGCUUAUUAAGAUAAAAUUUGAUUUUUAUUAACAUGAUUUUAGUUUUUUGACACAAUAGUGCUUGAUGAAUAAGAAUUAGUGCAUGUAUAUUGUUUUACUUUCAAACAUUAAUUGAGGCAAUAAUGUAAUCGUUUAACAAAAUAAUAAUUUACUUCUGAACAGUGCCAUUUGGUUAUAAUUGGUAUGAUAAUUUCAUUAUAUUUGAUAAACAUUAAGUGUACAUGUUAGUCAAUUUAAAAGCUUCAAAGUGUAAUGAUUUUCAGCUUGUUUUUUGUUAUUUAAGCAAAAAAAAGACAAUUGUCAUAGCCUUGGCGUUGCUGUUGUCAACUUUUUGGCGUGCAAAAAGUAAACUCGACAAUAACUGAAAGAAUGUUUAAGAUGGUUAAAUUAAAUGUUUGGUAAUUUUUGCAAGAGACAAUUUGCACAUGUUCAGCAAAGCUUCAAUGUCCAGCUUAAAGUGACACUCUCUUUUUUUUUAAAUCAACACAUACACAUGUAUAACAAACAUUAAUUUUGAGUUAUACACAUACUCCCUGAAUUAUGCAUUUAUGGAAACUAUUAAUUACUGAUAACAAGAUUGUAAUAGAUGAAAAUGCAAAAAUAUUAAAUGAUUGGUGAGUGUUAACAGAUUUACUGUGAUCUACUAUAGUCUCAUAAGGUAGAAAUACCAUGUUUUCUGCGCCUUUCUUUCAAAUUACUCGGUAUCCUUCAUAAGAACCAUUGUUUUUGACAUUAAUUCAUCCUUUUUGGUAUAUCCAAAACUAUUGCAUUAAUUUUGGUAAAUCUUAUUUGGGUGAAAGUGCAUCUUUAAAGGAUUGUCCCCCUUUUUUACUGAAAAUAACGGAUGAGUGUUGUUAUUUGCUCUGUUGGGCUCUUGUUUUAAUUUGUUAAAAUUAUAGGGUUAUUUUUACUUGUGUUAACGAAUUUUAUCUUUACCACCUGGAGCAGGUAAUUUUUAAAAAUAGUGUUCAGAUAAUAAUUUUAACCUAUCUUGUCCAUUGUUAUACAAUUAUCAUUCCACUCAGUAUACAGCAAGUAGUCAGUAGUAAUGUCAGAUUGUCUGUACAAUUGUUAAACUCUUACAAAAAAGAUAUUGUAAUAGGGUUAAAUAGUGUCAGUUUUAAAACAUUGCAGUAUCUUGUUAACAAAAAAAGGUCCUUUUUUUAUUAAUUUUUGAAGACUUUAGAUUUUAUGUAUUGAUUGAGAAAAAUAUAAAAAACAGAAAUAAGUAAAUACUUUUGAAUUCUUUAACUACUAUAAGGCAGAAAACAUUGUAAUGAGUGCAAAAAAACCACAUAAUUAGAAACAUUUAAAUGCACACUAGUUGAAAUUCAGUCAUCAUAUACGAGUCAUAAUCAUAUGUUUGGCAGCUAUAUAAUGUUUUAUUUUACAUUGGCAUGUAUACUUACAAGUUCUAUUUCACAACAGAAGGAAAAUCUACAUUUCGGAGGUUUGUUUCAUUUAAAUUUCCCAAGCAGCUUUAAUCCAAGUCCACUUUUGAUAUUUUUGGGAAUGUUUUGUUCAGUUAAAUUUGUUCAGAUUUUUGCAUGGAAUGAUCCAACUUGUCCAUUGCUGAUUUCCUAUAUGUUACCCUUCAGUUUUAAAAGCUGGGGGCACUUAAAUUAACUAAAUUGAGGUGCUAAUUAUUUAUACGUUUCUAAACCAUUUGUUUAAAAAUAUAUUGUGAAGUAUAAAAAAUACUUUCAAAGCUGCAGGAAAGACUGAACCAACACUUAUUCCUGUUCUUAUGGGGCAGUCUCGUAUUUGGGGCAGUCUCAUGUUAUGAGCAGUCUCAUAUGUUAGGCAGUUUCAUGUAUGGGGCAGUCUGAUAUUUAGGGCAGUCUCCGGUCUGGGGUGUUUUGUGUGUGGGGAAGUCUCAUGUUUUGGGCAGUCUCAUAUAUGGCGCAGUCUUAUGUCUGGGGCAGUUUUGUCUCUGCUCAUAUAUGGGGCAGUCUUGUGUUAAGCAAGCACUGUAAUAAUGCUGUUUUGAUGUGAACAAUCAAAUAAAUAGUCCGCAGGGCUUGUGUCUGAAUUUGUUAUACGUGUGAAGCGCAAGUGUCUUUUAUGUAUUUUGCAAUAUAUUGGUUACAUGCUGAAUAUGAGAGUUCUCCUUGCUAUAUUUUUAUCUGCUUGUUAUGAUGUUUACAUUAUUAUUAUACUAUUGAUAUGUUGUUUUGAAUGAUAAAGUUUAUCCUAAUUUUCAUCCUAUCAUUUUCAUUAUUGUAAAUCAUCAUGUAGAUCUAUUUCUAAAUAAAAGGAAUUUAAAACUG